CUUGGUAAAGUCUGCAUUCAUCAUUGUAAGAGCUUGAGCUUGUUCCCUCCACUCUUUGACUUCAUAGUUAGGAGUGACCAAGGCCGCAGCUAGGUGACUGGCUUCAUAAGGGAACACGAACUGAAUGCUUAAGAGUCCUCUCAAGCUGACCUCCUAAGUCCCACGCAUAUAAGCCCCGACCCAUCCACCGAAACUGCCUUCCCCAUUCCUACCAUUCAGCUCAGUAUCCUACCCUCUUCCAUCGCUUGCCUUCUUCUUUCCACACUCUCAGCAACUAAUCCUCGGACUCCAGACAGAGUCCGCCCACACAUGGAUCUGCAAAGCGCCACGGCAGCGGAGCUGCAUCGCUUCCUCGAAGCCUCCUUGCGAGGAACUAUAUGGGCGAGCAGAGCCACGCUUCGCACAGCGCAGCGCGUGCACGCCGCCGUGAACGGACCCGCCAGCAACCUCACCGGCUGGGAAGCCGGCCUCUGCGCCUCUCUUGACGAGGCACGUCGGAUGGGGAGGCUCGCCCUCGACGGCGCGCAUCUAAUCCACGUCGCGCUGACCCGGGACCCGCCGCCGGUCGACGAUGGCUGGGAAAUAAUCGACGACCACCACUCCAGCAGCGAGGACGAACCGACCGAGAUCAACGACGGGUGGGACGACAACGGCGCUCUGUUCGACGACGAGCCCCUCGCGACCGGCUACACCCUGGCGGGUGGCGGCUCCGACGGCGACAGCGCUUCCGACACCGACCGACCACCUUCACACCACCGCGUUCCCUCAGCACCUACACCUCCCCAGCACAACCUACACCUCCCGCGAGACCCACCACCAAGCCCGCCGACACCACCCCAACCCAUCCACCAGAACCCAUCCACCAGAACCCCGAACCGUCCAAAUCCCCGCCAGAGCAACGCGAGACCUCGAAGCGGGCAGAGGAGGGCAAACCAUCCCCAACCCCCCACGCCGCCGCCGUCCCGCCACCCCGCCCAUCAACACGAACGACCCCUGGCGUCUCCGUCCCCGGUGGCGGCGGCGGCAGCAGCCGACAAGGCCCGGACAACCCGCCCAACAUCCGCCCCCUGUUAGAGGCGGGCGAAGGAAGCGCACGGGAAAGCACGCUCGACACAGCCAGGCGGGCGAGGGGCCCGCCACGGGGGGGCGGGCCACGGGGCGCCGGGAGGGGCGGCGGGAGGGCUGGACGUGGUGGGCGCCUAGUCGAUGGAGGGGCUAGCCGGCGGCGUGGGCACUAGACGAUGGCGAUGACGGUGUCGGUGUCGGUGGCGGGUUGGG